UAAAUUAUUUGAUAAACCAACUUGAAAUUUAAAUCUGACGUAUUAUGACUCUCCAUAAGAACCAUUGUCCUCUGAAGAACCGUAGAGCGGUCGCCGGUAUGUGUCGCACUUUGAAGAAAAUGCGUCUCAAAGAGAAGGUACCGGUGACGCGAGAAAUGAUUAGGCAGUUCUUGAAAGAUAUCGAUAGAUAUCCUGGUCGAAAACGAGGGGGUCUUCACACUAGAGACGUUCAAACUGACGGCAGCCGUUGCGGUUGUAGAGCUAGGUCUACACCCAAGAAAUCCAGCUCCAAGAAGAUCAGGAAAAAAUGUCGCCCUGAGCCAGGGCUUAUCAAAAAGUUGAUGAAGAUGAUCUUUAAAAAGAAGAAACCAAUGUGUAAGCCUAAGAAGAAGAAGGUUCGCUCAAAACAUCGCCGUCCUUGUAAAAAAAUAAGGCGAAGGUCCUAGACCAAAUAAGGCGAUGGUGUAGUCAAGAAAUGUCAUGUGGUUUUUUUAUUGUAAAUUAAAGUUAAAUAUUGUUGCGUCAU